AUGCCUGUCGUCUCACGUCUCGUGUCAAUUGUUCUCCGCGUGGUGGAAAUCAUCUGCGCUGCGAUCGUCGCCGGUAUAAUCGGUUACUACCUUGGUUCAUUGGAUGACCUUGAGGCUUGGCCUCAAGCACGAUGGAUCUAUACAGAAGUGGUCGCCGGUCUAUCCAUUCUACUGGGCCUGAUAUGGUUGAUACCUUUCUCGUUCGGCUUCUUUUCGUGGCCCUUUGAUGUCAUUAUCUCUCUGGCUUGGUUCGCUGCCUUCGGUAUCCUCGUCGAUGCUAUCCACAAAUUUAGCUGCGGAAGUAUCUGGGCAUGGGGCGGUAUUGUUCAUAACGACGUGUGUGGUCGGUGGAAAGCUGCAGAGGCAUUCAGCUUCAUCUCGGCCUGCGUCUGGCUUGUUUCGGCGAUCGUGGGUAUCUGGUUCACCUUCCGGGUCCGUGGUACUACAAGUGACGGCGUGAGCAACCGCCGUGGCUUCUUUAAGCGGUCCGCUGUCUAA